CUCCCCUGUUUCACAUAACGCUUUACCAUCUGCCGUUAUUCGCCAUGAAGGUGACAAUCAAAGAGAAGACCAUGGUCCGGCCGGCGGAAGAAACGCCGAGGCAGCAGCUGUGGCUGUCCAAUUUGGACCUCCUGCAGCUCAAAGCUCACGUCAGGACAGUCUACGCAUACACCAACUCGACGACCGACUCCUCCGAGCUCUUCUUCGACACCAAAGUGCUGAAGGACGCACUGAGCCGCGCCCUGGUGCAAUUCUAUCCCAUGGCGGGGAGAUUAAUCGGGCCGGAGAAAGGUAAAGGGAGCGGGAGGUUGGAAUUGGAGUGUAAUGGAGAAGGUGCCCUGUUUCUGGAGGCCGAAACAGAGGCCUCCAUCGACGAGCUCGGAGAGUUUGUGCCCUCGUCGGAGGUUCAAUUGGGGGAGCUUGUUCCUGGUGUUGAUUGCUACAAUGAGAUUUCCUCUGUCCCUAUGCUUGUUCUUCAGGUGACAAGGUUCAGGUGUGGCGGAGUAUGUCUAGGCAUCGGAGUCCACCACAUGGUAGCGGACGGAGCGUCGGCGCUCCAGUUCAUCAACACCUGGUCAGAGAUGGCUCGAGCCGGUGGUGGCUGCGUACUACGGAACAUAGCCACCACCACCACGGUGCCAUCUUUCGACCGAACCAUACUCAGAGCUCGAGACCCACCGACCCCGAAAUUUCACCACACCGAAUACGACCCUCACCCAACCAUGAUCACUCCCACUCCCACUCCAUUAAUCCCAUCCACUCCCAUCAUCCACAUGAUGAAAAUCACACAAAACCAAAUCACAUCCCUAAAGAACAAAGCCAACAUCACCCUGUCAGGAAACAGGUACAGCAACCACGACAUCCUGACAGCCCACAUAUGGCGGUGCGCUACCAGAGCACGCGGCCUGCCCGACAAGCAGCCGACCAAGCUGCAGAUAUCCGUCGACGGAAGGUCGAGACUGAACCCAACGAUGCCUCCGACGUUCUUCGGCAACGUGAUCUUUCACGCCACCCCGAUUGCCACUGCAGGGGAACUUGCAGCAGAGACCAUCGCGGAUACUGCUGACAGGAUUCGACGGGCGAUAAGCAGGAUGGACGACGAGUACCUGAGGUCCGCGAUAGACUACCUGGAGGAUCUGGGGAGUAAGGAUGGUGUGAUACGAGUUCCGGGGCCGUGUCGGUCGCCUAACCUGAAGCUGGUGAGCUGGAUUCGGCUGCCCUUCAGGAAUGCCGAUUUCGGGUGGGGGAGUCCGAUCCUGAUCAGGAAAGCUGCGGAUUACAAUGAAGGGACGGGGCACAUUUUGCCUCCGAGUGGCGAUGAUGGGAGCCUGCCUUUGGUGAUUUGCUUGGAGGCUGGUGUUGUGGAGACAUUUCAGAAGUUGUUCUAUGAGACUUAGCAGUGAGUGGCGCGGGAUGGAAUGAGUUGGAUUCAUAAAUCCGUAGGCUGAAUGAUCGAUUUUUUAAACAUAACAUAAUUGAAUAUUUUUACAUUAUAGUUAAGUAUUUCUUACCUCUUCAAAGAUGUAGGUUCAAUUUUAAGAAAAUACAUUGUUAGAGCUUCCGCAACGGCUGUCAUGCCGCUCUUCCAUUGUGACGUGGCACUUGCAUCUUUUUUAUUUUCAUUUCCAUUUUGUUUUGUUUGAGUUGGAAAAGAUUGUAUUUUAUUUAAGAUAUUUUUAAUCAUUUGUUAACUACAAUGGGA